GAUUGUCUGUCAAUCUCAAGUCUGCAUAUCACCUGUCAGCUGAUGGAUCGUGGGCUUAAGUUUUUGUGUGAAUGGUGCUAGAAGUGUUCCAGUUACAGAGUGAAUGUGGCAAUGCAAGGCUUGUCCUUCUGUUUUUCCAAACAGUGAAGUGAGACCAUGACAACUCAAUCUAUUCUCAGUUAUCCUUGGACCAGGCAGUAGUCAGAGGGUCAGGUUUCCUGCUGGUCUGCCAUCAACUGUGGCUGAACUGGAGACUGAGAUAAAGACUCAGUGUAAAAUAAUGCAACCCUUCCGACUGCAGUUCGUGGACUCGCUUUUGGCGACGAAUUUAUGAACUUAACUUCAAUGGAUGAAAUACAAGAUAAAGCAACACUCACAGUUGUAUACAUAUCCUGCCAACCUCAAGAACAAGAGUCUACGUCGUCACGGGCUUCAUGGCCAGAUUUGUUCCAUGUUCCCCAUUUCACAUAUGAUGCAAAAAUUAAGCUUGAGAAGGCCAACGUAGCUUUCCAAAAAAUGGGAUGCUGUUGAUCCCUGAUCCAAAACUGAAGUCUGACAUAUUAGAGGGGUUGAUCCAGGAGGUAGUCAAGCACACAGUCUACCUCACAGACAGUAAGUUUGAUGAAGUUGCAGAGGCACUCAUCCUGAAGCAUCCAUGUUUAAAAGAAAAAGGUUCACCCACUGGCUAUGGAGGAUGGAAAAUGAGCUUCAAAUACAAGUUGUCAAAUUACUGCACACAUCUCCGGAAAAUAGGAUGUCCUGAAGUAUGUGUGAAUUCUUUGAAAUAUAAACCAGCUGAUAAACGUUCCCCUGCUUUUGAGGUUAAGAGACCAAAAAGGGGUGAAGUGGAAUACUGCCCCUCUUUUCCAUUAGGAGAAUGUGCUCAGUCCCUGGAGAAGAUGAGGAUCGAACUCCUUUCAGAUGUCAAGAAGCGCAACAACAGAGAGACAAUUAGGGCUAAAAUGGACAGAACAUUUGCAUUAAGAAUACAAGAAGUCAUUUCUAAUGCUCCCAUGAUCAGCAAUGUACAAGAGAGAUGGCCAGCUCUUUUUGAUGCAAUGGAGAUAAACGCGGAAUUCAAGCGCAUCACAACCAUGCCUCUACAAUCAAGGUUUCUGUCACAGCUUGACCUUCUCUCUGAAAGUCAGCUGAGAGUGUUUGCAAAGCGAUCGGGGGAGCAGGGCAAAAAGCUGAAAGACAUAGCUGCCAUGAUGACAGAUGACAUUGAUGUUGGAAGGGAGUACCUCAUAAGAGGACUAUGCAUCUAUCUGAAUGAGAAUCCCAACGUCUUGGUGCAGGAGUACAUGGACAUGACUGAGGCCACUGCACUGAGUGCCACUGAGAAAACAACAGUGGGAAUCUGUCACCAGAGAGAUGCUAGGCAAUGACUUUUCUGAUGUUGGCAUCAUCAUCGAGGGUGGAGUUUUUCCUUCAGAACGUGGCCAAGUGUGGCGUUUCCUGUUUGAUGUCUACCCCUGUGGUUCCACCAUGUCAGAGCGCUCUUUGCUGCAUGAACAGUUAGCUGUGAGAUAUCACGUUAUGAAGAGGAAAUGGCAACAGCUACUUCCGGCUGCUGUGUGCAUGCGUCUCAAUGGCACAGACGCUGAGCUGGUGGCAGCCGUGAGGUACUUCGAACAGAGGAAAGAAAAGGUGAAACAGCAGUGUGAAAAUCAGAGCCAAGAGCUCAGGGAAAUACUCUCCUUUCUGGAGCUACAGGCACAGGUGAUGCUGGAGCGUGUCUCCUUUGAUUUGGAGGAGCUUCAAGAAGCUGUACGCAUCAUUGACAAAGAUGUUCCUCGCACAGACAGGAACCUUGAUUACUACCUGGGAGAAGGUUCCAGCAAUCUCCUGGUGCUGCGUGAGAUUCUGAUCACAUUUGCAGCUUUUCAUCCAGAGGUCAGUUAUGCCCAAGGAAUGAAUGAUCUAUGCAGCCGGUUCCUGGAGGUCAUGGACUCUGAGGUGGACACCUACUGGAGCUUCUCCUGCUACAUGGAGAGGUUCUCUCGGGACUUUUGUGCAGAUGGCCUGCAUCGGAAGAUUGAGCUAGAGGCCGAGCUACUGAAGGAGCUGGACCCCCAGCUCCACGCUCAUUUGGUCACGGACAGCAUGGAUAAGCUCACCUUCUGCCACAGGUGGCUGCUGCUGGGCUUCCAGCGGGAGUUUGAACACAUCGAUGCCCUGAGGCUCUUUGAGAUCCUGAGCUGUAACCACCUAGAGCUCAUCUCUCAGCAGGUGGAGAAGGCUUGGUAUCAGGAACGGCUGGCCUGCAAGUACAGCCUUGAGAACAAACCAGUAUUAGAACGGACUGGCAUCAACCAGGAGUUCACGUUUGAGCUGUUCAUCUGCGCCACAAUUUUAUUGGAGCACAGAGAGACACUCCUCAAGUGUCAAAAUGAGUCACAGCUGAUCCAUUUUGCUAACAGCCUACAGGGCAUGUUGGAUCUGAAUUAUACCUUGAAGAAGGCAGAGGAACACGUCUACAACUACUGUAAGCGAUCUGCCUGCGACCCCUGGAAUGGGCCCUACCAGCCUGUCAAGAAUAAAGAGGAGCCUUUCAUCCAGCACCUUCGCAGCUUCUUCUCCUGAGGGCAGACCAUGUCUGUUGCAAGGGUGGAACCAGUGCUGCUUUUCUAGAAACUCCUGUCUUUCCUGUGCUCUCUUGCAACUAUGAACAUAUGUUAAUAUCCCUGGACUAAUGGGGACAUAACACCAUUUUGAGUGUUACACAGAGUUGAAAGAAAGGUCGUGGGCAUUACCUCCUUAUUUUGCUGAACGUAACAGAACCCAUGGUGUGCGGUUCAAUGAGUUAGAGUGCUGUGCUUGUGAUUGGAAGGUUUCCAGUUCAAAUCCUAGGGUCAACAGAGUGAUUUCAUCAUGAGACCCCUGAGCAAAACCCUUAACCCCCAAUUGCUACAGGGAUUGUCUCACCCUGCUUUCUCAGAACAAAGACAAUGUAUUUCACUUUAGUUAGAAACACCUGCUAAAUUAAUAAUGUGUAAUAUAUAAUAUACUUCAGACUGUCAUAUGAUCAUCAGUAAAAUUAAUAGUGAAAUCACUUUUUCAAAGUUUGUAACAAUAUAUAAGAAGCUUCAGUUGGAUGCAUGAUUCUUCAGUCAGGCAGUAGGUGACCAUGCAUCACUUACUGCAGAUUUAAUAUUAGCACGAGCUUCAUAUGCCAAGCUUCCGUUCCUGAAAUAGAAAAACUAGGGCUGGGUGGCACUUGUUCCAGAAGAGUCCAGACCUCUGCUUAUAUGUCAACUACACAAAAAUAGCCAUGGCACAGAGUUCCCCACUGACCUCCCUUAAGGUUGUAAAGAACAUAAAUGGAGCCCCAUGGUGUCUAUUUCCCAUUCACACUUAUAGAAAAUCGAAGGCUGUGUAAUUAUGAUCAUACUGUUGGGCAAAUGUAAUGCUUGUGAAUGUGGGAUGUCUCAUAACUAUUAUAUGUAGAUUAUUGUAAUUAAAUUGUCUAAAAUCAUUACUCAUUUAUGCUGUGGAUUUUAGUGUGAUUCCAAUGUAUGUUCCUCUGGGAAUAUGCUUUUUACAUGGCAGCGUGUGGAUGGAUCAUGCUGGAAAAGGUUUGAAGGGUUUGGCUGUGAUGCACCUGUUAUAAUUGCUCUAAAGUCAGUCUUAGAAAUCUUUUGGUAUGUGUAAGCAGUUACUGAAAGUGAGGACAAGAAGAGGGAUUUAUUUUAGGAUCACUUUUACAGCAUUAAGCAGUAUUAUACUGAUUCAAACAUGAUAACAUUUAUCUUGUACCAUUUCUGCUGGAUUACGUGUCAGGUUGGUGUUAUCAAUA